AUGCGCUCACUAGGAGCAUCUGAUCCUCUAUUAGAUGAGAUUGGCAGAGCUGGACCUACUUCCAAGAAGAAGUUCCGGAACGUGUCCUGGAACUUCCAUGCCUGGAUCAACCGUACUAAGAAGGUUUUGCCGGUGAAAGUGUCGACUGUGAAACUUCGCGUUCUAGAACGUCGACCGAGAUUGAAACAAGUUGAGAAGAACUUCCCGAUGAUUGGUUUGAAGUCUUGGGCGGAGUACCUUCUGGAACACUCACCCAAGUUUUUGCUGGCAGGGCAUAGCCUGGAGGACCAUGGGUAUGAAGAAACCUUCAGAUUAUUUUGGGAGCGCUAUUUCAAGCUAGAUGGCAACCAUCCGGUGUACCAGAACUUCAACGAAUCUUCGUGGGGGAGCCUUGUGCCAUAUUGCCUACAUGGUGAUGAGGGCCGUGGGAAGGCCAAGCGGCCUGUCCUCAUCACCUCCUACCAAAUGAUCAUCCCCCAGGAAGGAUUGGGCGAGACCAACAUGAAAGGGUACCUUAGCUAA